AAAAGAAAAAAUUAAACAUUAACGAAGAACAAAAUAGAAGAAACGGCUUCUGAAGAGCACGGAGAAACGGCCCUUCUAGUACGGCCUAUUGUAGUUCUCUCAGACAAGCAAAAGGGAGGAGAAGAAGAAAAAGAAGGAGGUGGUAAGAGGCAAAGAGAGAAGAAAUGGAUUGGAUCGGUGAGACCGUGGACUCUAUCAAAUCCCUUCAGAUCCGGCAGGUCCUCACCCAGGCCGUCAGUCUCGGUAUGAUUGUUACAUCUGCUCUUAUAAUAUGGAAGGCAUUGAUGUGCGUUACCGGCAGUGAAUCUCCUGUUGUUGUUGUUUUGUCUGGAAGUAUGGAACCCGGUUUCAAGAGGGGGGAUAUUUUGUUCUUGCACAUGAGUAAAGAUCCCAUUCGUGCAGGAGAAAUUGUUGUUUUUAAUGUUGAUGGCCGUGAAAUUCCAAUUGUCCAUCGUGUCAUUAAGGUUCAUGAACAACAAGAUACUGGAGAAGUUGAUGUCCUUACCAAAGGAGAUAACAAUUAUGGGGAUGACAGGCUUCUGUAUGCUCAUGGUCAGCUGUGGCUUCAACGGCAUCAUAUCAUGGGUAGAGCUGUGGGGUUUUUACCUUAUGUUGGCUGGGUAACAAUUAUCAUGACUGAAAAGCCUAUUAUUAAGUAUAUUCUAAUUGGCGCAUUGGGGUUGCUUGUUAUAACAUCAAAGGACUAACUGAAGCAAACUCCGGGGGUGGUCAAUCGGAAAAAGAACCGUUGUGUCAAUUUCCAGAA